AUGGAACCUCGCCGGGCCCCUCAGCACCACAGGAGCGCAGAGACCAACUCAGCUAGGUAUCGCUUUCUUGACCAAGUCGACCACGAUGACGCCGAAGGAUGCGCCGACGCCGCAUCGGAGACCAAGACCAGUCGUCGCCCAAGCAGCGGCUUUCUCAGCCCUGCUGACCUGCUGAGCGCUCCGUGGUUCGGGUGGCUGUCCGUCUACGCCUUCACGCUCUUCUGCUUCUCCGCCAGUCGUUGGCUGGCGCUGAGAGAGGUCAUCAUGAUGUACAGCAGCGCCAAGGACUACGUCUUAAGCGUGAAGCUCGCUUCGAUGGGCCUUGGUUUCGUGGAGGACUUGGUCUGCACCACCUACUUCGUGUGCGCACUGUGGCUGUUUGACUCCCUGAAGCGCACGGUCGGCGACCGGUUCGGCGCUGAAGGCGGCAAGCGGAGGUGCGUCCUGAAGCCUCAGACGGUCGGCUCGCUCGCGACGUUUGUGGUGUCGUGGCUGCUGUUCUUCGCCUUGAUGACGCCCUUCGUCGCGGACUUGCUGCUCGUGGUGAACCGCGACAUGCGCUUCACGUUCGACCUCGUGACGAUGGCGAUCAACGAGAAGGAGUUCGCGAGCGCGGCCCCGAUAUUGACCGAGGAGAUCCACCGAGGCUACGUGGGGGCGGGCGUGCUGGUGGCUGUCACGACGCUGUUUGCGUGUGUGCGUGUGAAGGCUGCGUGGGCUGAUCUGUCGGUUUGGAACCCGACGCACGUAGUGGCGGCUGCGGGUGGUCUUAAGUACAUGGAAGUCGCUCUAGAAGAGGACGCAGAUAGGCUGGAGUCGCCCAACACCAAAGAUCAGGGCGUUCGCAAGCUUUCCUGUGUGCACUAUAACGCUAUCUACCACCACGGUUUGCGGGUAGCUAUCAUCCUCGUGGGUACCGUAGUAAUGCCCGCCGUUGCAGUCGCGCUACGCUGCGCAUGUUCCCCGCUGGUAGCGUACACCGGUAUGAAUGCGACACUUAACGAAUUGUUCGGCCACGCCUUUCAACCCGCACCGACAGACACAACAUUUUCAACAGUGAAGGGCGACAAACCGUGGGCCGAAACGUAUAUCCACCCAACUGAGAAGUACGAGCUGUUUGGAGACGAUUCUCUUUACCGACGCACCACCGGCUUCCAGGGGGAUCUCGCUUUCGACGUCAAUAUCUCCAACGAGAACCCUCCCAACGUCCUGGUCAUCGCAGUCGAGUCCUUCCGCUACCAAGACUCUCGUUACCUGGUCGGAGAGGAAGACCCGUCCAACCUGUUCAAUGGAACGAACAUGACCAUCACGCCGAACUUCGACAGGUGGGCCAAGCGCGGAGUGGCUCUCCGCAAUAUGUGGUCGAGCACCCCAACGAGCAGGUCUUUGGAGAGUCUGCUAUUCGCGCAGAUUCCGUACGACAGCACUGUGAAGACAGGCAUCACCGGCGGAAGGAAGGAGACAAAGCUGUCUGGUUUACCCCAACUCUUCAAGGCCAAGGGGUACGAAACAUUUUUCACGACGGGGUGCCCGACGCGCUUUGAGAACUGGGAUGUGUUUCUUCCUACCCACGGCUUUGAGACCGUCUUGGAAUCCAAGGAAAUGAAGCUUCUGGCUGAGAGUAAACUCGGUAUUCCGCGUGGAGACUGGUCUGGCAAAGCACGUCGUGGGUUCAAGUGGGGGGUCCACGACGAUAUCAACUUGCAGCUUUUGGGUGAAAUGUUCAUUGACAAGACGAGGGAGCAGCGAGAGCGAGUUGCACGGGGUCUACCCAAAAGGCCAUUGUUUACCACGCACUACACCAUUUCCAGCCAUGCGCCUUUCAAAGCACGCCCGGCAUGGUAUGCUAAGGCCGACAAGCCAGACUUCUCCGCGUUCUACAAGGGGCAAAAACACUCGACUAUGAUCAAGAACUACCUCGAAAUGCGCUACUUCACGGACAUGCAGCUGGGUAAAUUCAUGGACCGCAUGGAGAAGGAGGGCGUCCUCAACGACACCAUCGUCGUCAUCGUAGGCGACCACGGCCAAGCGCCUGAAGCUGACGUUACGAACACGCACGAGGAGUCUGUGACCCGUGUGGCAGGCGCUAUCAUCGCCGAGGGUCGGUUGGGUGAAGCUGCUGGACUUGUGAUCGAGGACGCCGUGGAUCACUACGACAUUCUCAACACGCUGGCAGAUAUCACAGGACUGCCUGAGGGAGGGUUCGUGCAGACUGGCGUCGGGCGCUCACUCAAGCGCAAGGUUCCGUUUGGCGAGCGCGUGGUGUACAGCAACGACCCGAGCCGCAAGAUGGCGAUCGUGCGUGGCCACCAGCGCCUUCGCUAUGAUCAAGUAACGGCUUCGAUGAGCUUGCAUGAUACCGAGCGCGACCAUGCCAUGAAUGUCGAUAUGUUUCCGAGCCUUCCAGCCGAAGAGCAGGCCGAAUGGGAGAACUGGCGCGAGUACGGUCGCCGCGUCACCGCGUACUUUAAGCAGCGCUUGGAUGGCAACUGCCUGCUGGCUGUUGAUUGUACUUCAGGUAGCUAA